CUGAAACGUGAGGUUUCUCCGGUUCAGCGCUGAACAAUUUUUGAUUGAAAAGUUGUUUAUCUCGGCCGGAAUUCAACAAGCAACAUGGCAGCCGCUGUAGUGUCAGGCAAAGACAUUGAGAAACCCCAGGCAGAGGUCUCCCCUAUCCACCGCAUCAGGAUCACUCUUACUUCACGCAAUGUGCGCUCGCUCGAGAAGGUCUGUGCUGACCUAAUCAAUGGAGCCAAGAAACAGAAGCUGCGUGUAAAGGGCCCAGUCCGCAUGCCAACCAAGAUCCUGCGUAUCACCACCCGUAAAACUCCUUGUGGUGAAGGUUCAAAGACCUGGGAUCGUUUUCAGAUGAGAAUCCACAAGAGAGUGAUCGACCUACACUCUCCCUCUGAAAUCGUGAAACAGAUCACCUCAAUUAACAUCGAGCCCGGUGUAGAGGUUGAGGUGACCAUCGCCGACGCGUAGGCAGAGCCGCCAAUAAAAUAUUUUUGAAAAAAAAA